GCAGCAGGUUGUACCGACACCCCUCAUAAACAUCAUCCGAAUGUACUAGAGAUUAGAGCCGCUCUUAACUACAGCUUCCCCGCAGAGAUCGGAUCGAGACAGCUGAUAUUAGUCUUAUGAUAAUCGGUGCGAUAUCGGUUAUUAUUGCGGCUCGCUGAUGUGAGUCGCCACACCCUGCGCGCGCAGCUCUGACUCACGAGGACACACUGUCAUCCUGCGCACAUUCACUCAACAUCAGCAGCAGCAGCAGCAGCACAGCACACAUCAGCCAUGGGAGAAUCAGAGACGCGUCAGAGGCUGCUGCGCAACGUCAAGAAGGAGGUCAAACAGAUCAUGGAGGAGGCCGUGACGCGCAAGUUUGUACAUGAAGACAGCAGUCACAUAUUUUCUUUCUGCGGCGUGGUGGAAGCGUGUGUCCUGCAUGGGCUGAAACGACGGGCCGCUGGCUUCCUGCGCAGUAACAAGCUGGCGGCGCUUUUCAUGAAGGUGGGGAAGAUGUUUCCACCAGCUGAGGAACUGUGCCGGAAGGUCCAGGAACUGGAGCAAAUCAUCGAGAACAAACAAAACCAGAGCCAGAUGAGUCAAGACAGCGUCCGAAAGCAGCCCAGGCCGCCCAACCUGUCCCCUCUGGCCAUCAAACACCUCUGGAUCCGCACAGCGCUUACAGAGAAGAUGCUGGACAAAAUCGUCCUUUACUUGGUGGAGAACAGCAGCAAGUUUUAUGAAAGAGAAGCUCUCCUGAGAGAUCCAGUUGACGGCCCAAUCCUCGCAUCUUUGCUUGUCGGUCCGUGUGCUUUGGAGUACACAAAAGCGAAGACGGCCAAUCAUUUCUGGACGGACCCGUCAGCUGAUGAAUUGGUGCAGAGACACCGCAUUCACAGCGGCCACUGCCGCCAAGAUUCCCCCACCAAACGCCCUGCUCUAAUUCAGAAGAGGCAGUCGAGCGGCAGUAUGGAUGACAGACCUUCUCUCUGGGCUCGGGAUUACGUUGAAUCCCUUCAUCAAAACUCCAGAGCCACGUUGCUCUUUGGGAAGAACAAUGUCCUUGUGCAGCCGAGAGACGACAUGGAAGCUAUCCCAGGAUACCUUUCUCUUCACCAGACGGCGGAUCUUAUGACACUAAAAUGGACACCGAACCAGCUGAUGAAUGGAAACAUGGGAGAGUUAGAUUAUGAGAAAAGUGUGUACUGGGAUUUUGCGAUGACCAUUCGUCUAGAGGAGAUUGUCUAUUUGCACUGUCAUCAGCAAGUGGACAGUGGUGGUACUGUGGUUUUGGUCAGCCAAGACGGCAUCCAAAGACCUCCGUUUCGAUUUCCAAAAGGAGGCCAUCUGCUCCAGUUCCUCACGUGUCUGGAAACGGGCCUCCUUCCUCAUGGCCAGUUAGAUCCUCCUCUGUGGUCCCAAAGAGGAAAGGGAAAAGUCUUCCCAAAACUGCGUAAAAGGAGUCCACAUGGAUCCUGUGAGUCAUUCUCGGACAAAGAUGAAGACGAGGCCACAGAUUACGUGUUUCGGAUUAUAUAUCCAGGCAGUCAGGAGUUUGUGGCAGCAGAACUGAUCGACCAGAGUGUGAAUUUGUGGCAGCCCACACCCAGGAAGUCGUCUUGUUCUUCCUGUUCGCAGAACGGCUCGUCGGAUGGAGGACUACCCAACGGAUGCAACCAUGACAGGGCGCCGCUGAAGUUACUCUGUGAGACCAUGAAGCACCAGAUCAUUUCCCGGGCUUUCUACGGCUGGUUGGCGUACUGCCGUCACCUGUCCACCGUCCGCACGCACCUGUCGGCUCUGGUGAACGCCACUAUUGUUGAGCCCGACAUCCCUUAUGAUGCCAGAGGCGGUCUGUCUGCAGAAGUGUGGAAGAUGUUCCUACAGGACAGCACUGCAUACGACGAGGAGGAACUUCUUCGGCUGGUGUAUUAUGGUGGCGUGGAUCCAUCACUACGGAAAGAGGUCUGGCCAUUUCUCUUGGGCCACUAUCAGUUCACCAUGAGCCUCAACGAACGCAAAGAGGUGGACGAGCAGAUUCGAGCGUGUUACGAGCAGACCAUGAGCGAGUGGUUGGGAUGUGAAGCCAUCGUGCGUCAACGUGAGAAGGAACAACACGCCGCCGCUCUGGCUAAAUGCGCGUCCGGCGCCAGCGUGGACUGUGGAUCGCGCCAGGACUCCACCAUCAGCACGGAUUCGUCUCAGAGCAGCAGCUCCGAUAAACAGAGUCACGCAGGAUCACACAGCGACAGCAGCACUCAGGUGUUUGGGUCUGUCGAUGAGGUUGACCCGAUUGAAUCUGAGCCCAAACCAAAAGAUGAGAAGCCACAGCCCAAAAUCCCAAACGGCACUCUUCCGAAUUGCACUAGCUCUCCAGACUCUGGGCACCCGUCGUCUCGUAACUUCUCCGUGACUUCUGCUCUCUCAGACUGCUCUCCGAGCACAGAGGAGACUUCCACACAAGACUCGGGGAUCAAAACCGCAGCACGAGAUCAGACCGACCUGGAUAAGAAGGCCAAAGAGGAUCUACCAGAAAACAGCUCGACUACUAAUGCUGUAGUUUCACAAACAGAGAGCGUCCGUUCAGAAGGCGAGUCAGUAAAACCUCUAGAAAGUGAAGAACUCCAGACUUCUGAAGCAUCUAGGACUGAAACGCAGCAGGGAGUAGAUUCAGAGAAAGAUGCAAAUGCAAAAAACGCAACUCAAGAAAACACAGAAGCUGAAAUGCAACCCAGUGCCAGGAAAUCUGAAGAAAAUGAAUGUGAACUUCAUUCACCAAAAGAUCCCGUUGAAGAAAUGACAAAAUCCUCCAAAUCAAAGGAGGUUGCGAUUGAAUCUUCACCAUCUGGAGAAUCAAAGACGGACAAAGAAACAGAUUUGAAAGUGAACGAAAGCCAGGACGAUCCAAAACCGAUUGAUAAAGAAUCAUCACUGGACAUCUCUCAAAUGGAUGAAUGUUCAUCUGAACCACAGAAUGUGACACAAACCACGACUGAAGCUGAAUCCAUCAGCAUGCCACAAACAAUCAACUGGGACGCGGAUCACAGUAGGAUAAUAAUCAAACAAAUCACCGAAUCCGAGUCAGAGAGCUGCGGUCCCAUCACCUCCCUGUCAAAACAAUCUCCAGACAUGUCCGACGACUCGCCGUCGGCUUUGGAAAUGGAGGAGAUUGCUUCAUCCGUGGUUUAUAUGUCCUCAGAGAGUAACAGGACACCUCUGAUGUUGGCUCGUCCCAUGGCACCGUCCGCGUCCGGGGAGAAAGCGCCCAUGGGAAUGCCCGCUUUGGAGCUCUGCAUGGAUCCGGGCGUCAACACAACCCCGGAGGGAACGGAUUCGGCGCUCUCAGAGGAGGAACCGGAGAUGGACAACUUAUUCCCAAAACCAGACUGUCUAGCGGUCACAGGAGACAAGACUGACGUGGCGUCUCCAGUGUCAUCCAUUGGGACAACCUACUCGCAGGAGCUGGUAGACCUGUACACACUCAAUCUACAUCGCAUUGACAAAGACGUCCAGCGAUGUGACAGAAACUACUGGUAUUUUACCCCCGCAAACCUGGAGAAACUGCGCAACAUUAUGUGCAGUUAUGUGUGGCAGCACCUUGACAUUGGAUAUGUCCAGGGAAUGUGUGACUUACUAGCACCCCUGCUGGUCAUCCUGGAUGAUGAGGCCAUGGCCUUCAGCUGCUUCACUGAGCUCAUGAAACGAAUGAACCAGAACUUCCCUCAUGGUGGAGCCAUGGACACACACUUCGCCAACAUGCGUUCCCUCAUCCAGAUUCUGGACUCAGAGCUCUUUGAGCUGAUGCAGCAGAACGGAGACUACACACACUUCUACUUCUGCUACCGCUGGUUCCUCCUGGACUUCAAGAGAGAAAUGGUGUAUGAUGACGUGUUCUCUGUGUGGGAGACCAUCUGGGCCGCCCGUUACGCCUCCUCUGAGCACUUUGUGCUCUUCAUCGCACUGGCAUUGGUUGAGCUGUACCGAGACAUUAUUCUGGAGAACAACAUGGAUUUCACAGACAUCAUCAAGUUCUUUAACGAAAUGGCUGAACAUCAUGAUGUCCCAAAGCUGCUGGUCAUGGCUCGAGACCUGGUGCACAAGGUCCAGAUCCUGAUUGAGAACAAGUGAAUCAACCUCCUUCUCAUUCUGCCUUCCAUUAUCAAUCUAAAGACGCUCUGUGUCUGUUUUUGGCCAUUAUGAGAAAACAAAACCCUAAGCUACAGUAAAUGCCAAACCAGUGUUUUCAUCUGCCCAGAUUUUAAUGUUAAUAUUUAUUAUAUUUAAUAUUAUAAUAUAGAGUGUGUAUAUUGAAAUAGGAAGUUGGGGUGGGAUAUAUCAGUGUUUUUAAAUAGCCCGUUUGAUUGGAAAACAAUGAGUGCAAGAUGAGAAACAUUUUAAAUCCCUAUACAGUUUAUUUAGUCAGAUUAGCACUGACAUAUCAAUGGACUCAAAGCUAAAGACAUAAACUACAAGCCACAAAACACUGAUUUUGAUUUCAUGGGGUCCAUAAGAGUAAAUAUGACUAAGAAUAUAUCAGAGAUAAAGAGAGCUAUUAUAGAAAAAAUGUAGGAUACUUGGAGAAUAGUUUUAUACGAGGUCGUGGAUGUAAACAAAUAACUAUGAAAUAUAUAAAGAUGAUCUAUGAAUGGCAGUGACGUGCGACUCAAUGACUCAGAUUUUCUAAAAGCACAAAGUAAUGCUGUAUAUUUAUUUAUUUUUUAAAUGUAUGAAAAUUAGACAUAAUCAUUAUUGCAGAUGUUUAGCGUACUUCACACAUCACUUCAUGAUAUUUGCACGGAAAAAUUGUUGUCAGGUUUAUCAGACUCACAUGGGGAUGAAAGUGAAUUAUUGUAAUUUUCAGCGGGGUGAAAAUCAGUUCAUAUUUGACCUCUAAAUACAAAGGAAAAAAUAAGAAAUUAUAUUUGCAUUCUACUUUUAGGAGUAUUAAGAUUUUUGCAUAUUUGCGAAAAUAUAGUAAAUCAUUAUUGUAAUGCAUUUUUUAUUUAAAUUAGCAAAAAGGCUGUAGAAUAAACACUAUACUGAUAUAAAUUGAAAUCAUAAUUUUAUUAUAUAUAUAAAGAGAGAGAGAGAGAGAGAGUCACAUUACAGUAAUGAAAAAAUAAGAAAUUGUACAAUAAAUACAAAGAAAAAACUAAGAAAUUAAAUUUGCAUUCUACUUUUAGGAGCAUUAAGUUUUGCAUAUUUGCGAAAAUAUAGUAAAUCAUUUGUAAUACAUUUUUUAUUUAAAUGAGCAAAAAGUUUGAUCUAAAUCUCAUAUAUAUAUAUAUAUAUAUAUAGAGAGAGAGAGAGAGAGAGAUUGCAGUAACAAAUUUUUUUAUUUUAUUUAUUUAUUUAGACUGUAAAAUGGUCUUAAAAAUAGGCUGUAUUUUCUUUAUGCAAAGAAAAUUAUUAUUAUUAUUAUUAUUUUUCUUCCUUUUGAUUUUGAGGUAAAAUGUGACCUGGCCAUGUUCACUCAUUUACCGUCAGGUUUUUUCAUCACUCAGAUAAUCUGUUGUGCUGCUACACAAUGACGUACCUCACUCAGUGAACCAACUCUACUGUAAAAACAAUCGAUCACCAGAGAUAUUUUCAUUUGUAUGUAUCUUUUUGCCUUAAGUUUCUCUGUUCAGGGACGUGUGUGGUGGGCGCUUGUCACGAAGUUCAUUACAGAUGUUCAUGUUUAUCUGAUACAGUAUAUGCCAUAUAGAUGUGUGUGUGUGUGUGUGUGUGUGCGAGGGAGUGUGUACAGAUGUGCUCUACUACCAGCAGCCAAACUUUUGUAUGGUGUCCCAAACUUUUAGCACUUGUUAGAUUUGAUGUGAUUGUAGUAACCUGCUAAAGCACGUGUAACUCAGAGCGACUGGAUGAAGUGCCGGUGUCAUCAACACUAACUCCCCCAUCAUAUGCCAUAUGAUCUCUUUAUCAUCUCUCUCUGUAUGUAUUGCUGUUUUAUGCCCUGUAACAUUAGCUUACAUUGAAUGACGCUGUAUGUAGUUCACAAUAUAAAAAUAUCUACAAAUGUUGGACGUGUGAAUUGUAAAAACUUCAACUGAUCAAUGUAUUCGGCUCACAGCCUCAGUGACACGAACUACAGACAACAUUAGACACAAAAGAUUUGUUGAAAUUGUAUUGGAAACCUAUAUAUUUUUAUUGUACUCUGUGAAACUAUAUAGUAUAUUGUCAGAAUACUGCGUGCUGCAUAUGAUAUAAUCUGUAUUAUAAUAUUUAAUAAAUGUAUGUGUUGACUGUU